CUCGCUGCCUCUCUGCUGCGGGCCGUCAUCCUCGCGUGCCCGGAUGAUCCAUCCUUCGACACCGUCGCAUGCCAUCCAUCCCUCACGCAUGCCGUCCCGUUAGGAAGGAUUUGUCCCCUUUCGGCUCGGCUCAUUCAAGAAGGCCAAGUGCGUUCGUGCGUUCGUGCCUUUGUCAAAGAUGAUCCUAUCUGACCCUCGCAAACACCUCCCCGCACACACCCAGCCAGCCAGCCAGCCAGCCAGCCACCAUGCCCGCUGCGCUCUUUCUUCCCUCCCGCAACCGAUGCAGCCGGCCACCAGCAUCAGCAUCAGCAUCAGCAUCAGCACCAGCACCAGCACCAGCACCCACCCUGCGAACCGUGACGGCAGGCUGCCAGCUGCGCCUUCCAUGGCAGCUCACGGUGUUCCAUGCCGUCUCUCCUGCAUCCUGGGACGGCCCAUUUCGGCUCCCAACCGCCCACGUGGUCACCUAGGUCAGAUGAACGAGCUGACACUUGGUUACUCACAUCACCCGUAAGGCCAGAAGGGUGGUGGUCAGAUACCAUUCCGUCACUCGAUGCCUCGAGUCCGGCCACCCUGCGCGAUGCUGUGGUAGAUCUGUCUCCCUUGCUCGUAGGGCUGGACUUGCACGAAAUCGCCUGCUCCCCUCGCACCCCCCACAACGGGCCCCGGACGGCACUGCCUGUAGCUCUGCGCUCUGCCCAGGAUUGUGUCGUUGCCUUCCUGCCAGGUGAUUGGAUGAUGGAAAGGGAUAGUCAUCCUUGUUGCACCUGGCAUUUGCAAAAUUUCCGGGUAGCAUCCAAGUCUCAGCACUGGAGCCGAGGCAUGGGUUUCAAGGUUGGAUGCUCGCCGGCUCACCAACACAUCUGUCGGCUCAGGCACCCUGAGAAGCAUCGAGUGGUGCACGCCCGCUUCGGUGGGGUCCACAUGACGCUCCUCGUCCGAUGCGGGUCUCUGGGGGAUCUCCCGUGCUGUUGCUAUGAUCGGCAACGUCAACUUCGGUGGCACUUGUCCAGCGGGCAGGAGCCGCAGGCUGCCCACAACCAAGAGGGACACUGUUGCAGGUGGUGGUCUGUGAACCUCGGCGUGGCAUGUCAGGGGAAAGGCAUCGCCGUCCAAGCGCUGUUGACUCGAAUCUCACAGCUGUUCGAUCCUACCAUGUCCCUUGUCUGCUCGAAAUCGGCCCGGAAUAAAUGUCGUGCCAUACUUUUGGACGCCUAUGGCUCUGAAGGCUACCUACCACCUGGGCCGGGUCAACAACCGGCGCUAGGGUAGGCAUCUUGUUGCAACGGGCCGCAGACCUACCUGGGUUUCUGGCGCAGGGCUUGGCGUUGCGAGUGCCCGCGUACACGGCCGAGAAUGAUCAGGCGUCGGUGAAGCCAUGGUGGUGAACGAUUGGGUUCUACCUGGAUUACGGAGUAUUGAGUAUUAAAGUCCAUGAAGAGGAAACCAUCCAAUGUGUCGUCGGCGACUGUUUUCCUCACCGGAUGGUUCGGCAGCACGGAGCCACCCAUGUCCUUCCUUUCCCAGCAGAAUCAAGUAGCAUAAUGCCCCGGCCCGAUUCUGUCAGUCACGUCUCCUUGGUAGCCUGUUCGAGCUCUCUAUACCGGGCGUGUAUCACUGGCUUAAUCCGAGUACCACCCUGCUCAUCCCUGUGUGUUUCGAUUGCACGUUCAAUUAAGGUUCGUCUGUUACCAGGGCCAACCUUCACCUCCGACUGGUGAUUGACUCGCGCCCCGAGGCUCGCAGCCGCACGACUCGACCAAAAUCAUGAAACUGCUAUCACGCUGAAUGUAGACACGCUUUCGGCGGAUCCGGCUGUCCGGGAAGGGCUGUAAUGUAUGUAUGUAUGUAUGUGUCUGCCAAGUUUGCAGCGGCCCACAAGAGCUUUGCUGCCCAAGGCGUCCAGAAGCUUUCAUCGAACUGCAACCUUGCGAGCCGAUUGCUCCAGAUAUGGAAGCCCGCUGCCGCUGCCGCUUGCACCCCAUUCGCGCAAGCGAACAAUAACAGCCUUUCGCCUGUGCGUUCCCAACUCUCCUUCGACCUCCUCCUCUUGGGGCAGCGAUCGAAUCAGGUUUUCUUUUGAACAUUCUAGAUCAUUGCUCGCUUCUGCGACUCACCGCACGUCUGGCCAAAGUCGGCUGGCUGGCCUCGGGGAACGUAUCUUUCGCCUAACACGAUGUCACUCCAUGACUUCCUCUCCAGAGCUGUGUCCGAGUCCAACAAAGGGGACCACGACCUUGGAGUCGGCACGACCAUCGACACGAGUGACUAUGCUGCCGCAAAGAGAUAUGCUGCUGCGGCCUUGCUGGCCGUUGCAAUUUACAAUGCCUUCGAGAUGAUGCCUGUCAUAUAUUUCACCUUUUCGAAAUUCUCUGGUCUUUACUUUUGGAGCAUGGUAACUGCUGUGACCGGUGUCCUGGUCCAUUCCAUAGGAUUCGUAUUGAACAAUUUCCAAUUGACGGGCAAUCAAACCCUCCCGACGAUUCUGACGACGUCGUUCUGGAUCCCCAUGGUAUCGGGCCAGAGCAUGGUGCUGUAUUCUCGCUUGUACCUGAUCAACGUCGACAAGCGCUUGCGCCGCUAUGCGCUGAUUAUGAUCAUUGUCAACGGCCUCGUCCUGCACACAGCGACGGUAGUCACGACUGCCGGGUCGAAUAGCCAGGCGUCGCACCUUUUCAUCAAACCCUAUGCGAUUAUGGAGCGGAUUCAGAUUACCGUCUUCUCUGUCCAGGAGUUUAUUCUUUCAGGGCUCUACGUAUGGAAGGCGUGGAAGUUCCUGUCUGUCUACCGAAGCGGUGGAAGCAAGACGCAGGACAAACUGCGUGCGAUGAUGCUGCACCUGAUCUUGUCGAACAUUAUAGUGGUUUCGUUGGAUAUCACGGUAAUCGUCCUCGAGUUCUUGGGGCUCUAUUACGUACAGGUCGCCUACAAGGCCUUUGUCUAUAGUGUAAAGCUGAAGUGUGAGGUCGGGAUCCUCAACAAGCUGGUCGAGUUUGUCAAACACACAACUGCCAAACGGCAGCGAAAAGCAGAGGAUAGCUUCUGCCUGACGUCUCAGAUUGAGCGCGAGUGGGAAAAGACGCUGCGGACGACCUUUGGCGUCGCAGCCGACGACGAUGACGACGAGGUGGGCCGUCAUAAUCAGCGCAAUCUUCACCACCACCACCACCACCACCAACAGCAGCAGCAGCAGCAGCAGCAGGUGCACCAGAAGGUUCUCGAGCCCAUCGACGAGGGGCGCAGCCGUGGCAGCGGGAGCACCCGUGUCGACGGGGCCUCGACGGACGGCGGGUCAAGGCUGAUAGUGGCUGGUAGCGGUGCCUCGGGCUUGCGCGAGAGCAGAGGUAGCUUGGAAGGAUCUUAGCCAGUCUUUGUAGGAGUACAUUCCUUGUUGUAGAAAAUUUGUGAAACUAUUGCCCCCCACUCCCCCCCUGGCGCUCUAGUGGAAUGGGCGAGGAGACAUGGAUACCGCGUACAUUCGCACAGUCUGCCAGGGAACUUCGAU